CCUCACCCUUCCCCUUCCUUCCCUCUCCACCCGGCGGGUCUCUGGCCCGCCUUGCCCAGGGGUGAAGCUCCGGUGGAGUUCAGGAAAGACUACAUUUCCCAGAGUGCAUCGCGGGACAGAGUCCUCCAACCAGAGCGCUCCAACCGGCGCCAUAUCUGUGGAGGGAGUGGUGGUGCGGCCUGUGAACAUGGCGCUGUUCCCGGCCUUUGCGGACGUAAAUGAGGCCUCCGGUGGUGGGGCAUCCAGGAAAGAAUUAGACUGGCUGAGCAACCCAAGCUUUUGUGUUGGGAAUCUAACGUCUCUGAGCCAACGGACUGAAGAGGUCACAGCCCUUGCUGCUGAAGGGUCACCACUGACAAGGAGUCCUCUGAGGUCAGAACUCUCCGGUGAGAGUGACACUAGCAAAACAGCCCCCCAGGUUAGCAGAAAAAAGAAGAAAGAGAAGAAGAAAAAGAGGAAACAUCAGCACCGCAAGAAAACUAAGAGGAGACACGAGCAGUCGAGCAGCGGUGGGUCUGAGUCAGACACAGAUUCUGGGAAGGACGGAUCUUCCAGAAGCAUCAAGGACAGUCGGAAGGAAUCUGAGAAACCCAGUCAGGGAAGUGAUGCUGUUGGUGCUGCUGCUGCUGCUGGACAUCGCUCCAUUUGGCUGGAAGACAUUCAGACUCUGGCAGAAGUCUUCAUGACAGAUAGGAAACCAGAUCCUGCCAACUGGGAGUAUAAAUCUCUUUACCGAGGGGAUAUAGCAAGGUACAAGAGGAAAGGAGACUCCUGCCUGGGCAUUAAUCCUAAGAAACAGUGUAUAUCUUGGGAAGGGACUUCUGCAGUUAAGAAGCAUGCACACAAGCACCUGGAGCGCUAUUUUACCAAGAAGAAUGUGGGAUUAAUGCGCACUGAGGGGAUUGCUGUGUGUGCUAACACCGAGCCUCCCUCCUCUGAGCCAGUCACAUUUAUCCCAGUGAAGGACUCUGCUGAUGUGGCUACUCCUGUUGCAACAUGGCUGAAUCCUCUGGGGAUUUAUGACCAGUCAACUACACAGUGGUUACAAGGACAGGGUCCACUAGAGCAAGAACCAAAGCAGCCAGACUCACAGCAGGACAGGGAGAGCGCUGUUCUGAAGGCCAGAGUGGAGGAGUUCAACAGAAAAGUGCGGGAGAAUCCUCGGGAUACUCAGCUGUGGAUGGCCUUUGUAGCCUUCCAGGAUGAGGUCAUGAGGAGCCCUGGCCUGUAUGCCCUUGAGGACGGAGAGCAGGAGAAGCACAGGAAGUCCCUGAAGCUCCUCCUGGAGAAGAAGCUGGCCGUGCUAGAGCGGGCCAUUGAGAGCAACCCAAGCAGUGUGGACCUGAAGCUCGCCAAGCUGCAGCUGUGUGCGGAGUUCUGGGAGCCCAGUGCACUGGCCAAGGAGUGGCAGAAGCUCCUCUUUCUGCACCCCAACAACACAGACCUGUGGCAGCGCUACCUCUCCUUUUGCCAGAGUCAGUUUGGCACCUUCUCUGUGUCCAAACUGCACAGUCUGUACGGCAAGUGCUUGAGUACCUUGUCUGCUGUUAAGGAUGGCAGCAUCUUAUCCCACCCGGUACUGCCGGGCACAGAGGAGGCCAUGUUUGCGCUCUUCCUGCAGCAGUGCCACUUCCUGCGGCAGGCCGGCCACUCGGAGAAGGUCGUCUCUUUGUUCCAGGCCAUGGUUGACUUCACCUUCUUCAAGCCUGACAGUGUAAAAGAGCUGCCUACCAAAGUACAGGUAGAAUUUUUUGAACCCUUCUGGGACAGCGGAGAGCCCCGUGUUGGGGAGAAGGGCGCCCGAGGCUGGCGGGCGUGGAUGCACCAGCAGGAGCGUGGUGGCUGGGUGCUUGUCAAUCCAGAUGAGGAUGAGGAGGAGCCAGAAGAGGAUGACCAGGAGAUAAAAGAUAAGACUCUGCCCAGGUGGCAGAUCUGGCUUGCUGUUGAACGUUCUCGAGACCAGAGGCACUGGCAGCCCUGGCGUCCAGAUAAGACCAAGAAGCAAACAGAAGAAGACUGUGAGGACCCCGAGAGACAGGUGCUGUUUGAUGACAUUGGGCAAUCUCUGAUCAGACUUUCCAGCCCAGAUCUUCAUUUCCAACUCAUUGAGGCCUUUCUGCAGUUCUUGGGUGUGCCUUCCGGUUUCCUUCCUCCAGCCUCCUGCCUUUACCUGGCCAUGGACGAGAGCAGCGUCUUUGAUAGUGAACUUUAUGAUGAAAAGCCCUUGACUUACUUCAACCCUUCAUUUUCGGGUAUUAGCUGUGUUGGCUACAUGGAGCAGUUGGGCUGUCCUCGCUGGACCAAAGGUCACAGCCGAGAGGGCGAGGAUUUUAUCCGCAAUGUCUUCCACCUUGUGCUGCCUUUGUUCUCAGGCAAGCAGAAGUCUCAGCUCUGCCUCUCCUGGUUGCGGUAUGAGGUUGCCAAGGUCGUUUGGUGUCUACACACUAAAAAGAAGCGAUUAAAGUCGCAGGGAAAAAACUGCAAAAAACUAGCCAAGAAUCUCCUUAAAGAGCCAGAAAACCGCAACAACUUUUGCCUCUGGAAACAGUAUGCACACCUGGAGUGGUUGCUUGGCAACAUAGAGGAUGCCAGAAAAGUGUUCGAUACAGCACUCAGCAUGGCAGGCAGCAGUGAGCUGAAGGACCGUGAACUCUGUGAACUCAGUCUGCUUUAUGCCGAGCUGGAGAUGGAACUGUCGCCCGACUCGCGAGGAGCUGCCACAGGCCGAUCUGUCCAUGUGUUAACGCGACUGACCGAGAGCAGUCCCUAUGGGCCCUACACUGGGCAGGUCAUGGCCACUCAGGUUCUGAAAGCCCGAAAAGCUUAUGAGCGCGCUCUGCAGGACUGUCUGGGUCAGACUUGUGCCUCAGAGCCUGCUACUGCAGAGUCCUUGGACUGCCUGGGUAGCUUGGUCAAGUGCUUUAUGCUUUUCCAGUAUUUGACUGUCGGGAUCGAUGCUGCUGUGCAGAUAUAUGGACAGGUGUUUGCCAAGCUGAAGGGCUCUGUUCUCCCGGAAGGCCCUGGCCCAGAGGACAGUGCCGAGUCCCAGAGUUUGAGCAGUGUUCUUGAGGCCGUCACCCUGAUGCAUACCAGUCUGCUGCGAUUCCACAUGAACAGUAGUGUGUACCCUCUGGCUCCACUUCGAGAGACGCUCUCAGAGGCUCUAAAGCUGUAUCCAGGCAACCAGGUUCUCUGGAGGGCAUAUGUACAGAUUCAGAAUAAGUCCCACAGUGCUAACAAGACCAGGAGAUUCUUGGACAUAGUUACCAGGUCUGCCAAACACUUGGAGCCUUGGCUGUUUGCAAUCGAAGCCGAGAAGAUGAGGAAAAGACUGGUGGACUCUGUUCAGAGGGUAGGUGGUAGAGAGGUCCACGCCACCAUCCCAGAGACUGGCCUUACGCAUCGGAUCAGGAACUUGUUUGAAAAUGCAAUUCGGAGUGACAAGGGCAGCCAGUGCCCCCUUCUGUGGAGGAUGUAUUUGAAGUUUUUGGUUUCCUUAGGAAACAAGGAGAGAAGCAAAGGUGUCUUCUACAAGGCCCUCCAGAGCUGUCCCUGGGCAAAGGUGCUAUACAUGGAUGCCAUGGAGUACUUCCCGGAUGAGCUGCAGGAGAUCCUGGAUGUGAUGACUGAGAAGGAGCUCCGUGUGCGCCUGCCCCUGGAGGAGCUGGAGCUGCUGCUGGAGGGCUAGUCAGCCUCCAGAGAACGGGGCCCAGCUGUGGAGGGCUUUCUCCGCCGUUUGGGUGGGGUUUGGACUUCAGUGUUUUACAUAUUAUAUAUGUGACCAACUAUGUACAGAUGGAGCCAUACCAGUGAUAAACCUUUUAUGGUUGGAA